AUGGCCCCAACAUCACACCUCCCUUUAUUCGGUGGCAUCCGAGCCUGGAAUUCAGCUGACUGGACCUCAUCCGACGACCGCGUCCGUGGCGGAUCUUCCCACUCAACCCUAACCUGCUCACCCUCCUCGCUGGUCGCUCAUUUCCACGGAGACCUGAGACAUAACGACCCUAGGCGGAGCAGGAUUCGCUUCACAACGCACAAGAGGCGACGACCGAACAUGGGAUCUAUCGCAUCACGAUGGCUUAGAGAUUAUCACGAGAUUCUGCCCAAGAGAUCUGAUGGUCGAGAGCAGAGUAGCGUGAGCUGGGAAUUUGAUUUCCGGGUUGAGCGUCAGAAGACGAUUUUCGUCAAGUGGGAGGAUUUCAGACCGACUUAUCGUGGUAAGGAUAAGGUUGAUGCUGAGCCGUUGAAUUUGAAGAAUGUGAAGAGGUUUGGGAUUAUGGUGAGAAGUUUUUUUGGCGAUCAAGAGGGUCCUUUUGAGCUUGGUAUAAUUUCUAUCGCUGCUGUGCGGACGGAGCGCUACUUGGAUGAUCCUGAUGGUGAAGACUUGAAUGAGUAUAUGGAUGAGAAAUCGGCUCCUGGGAAGCACACUCGGAGACGCCGCGGUUGGUUUGGAGGGCUGUUCCGCUGCUUCGGUGUUUAA